AUGCAUAUCUCAACUGAAAACAUUGGGUCAUCUUCUCCAACUACUAGGGCAGAUGAACCAUUCCAAAUGAUCAAUCUGCCUGAUAUUGUCUUGGAUGUUGCUCCCUUAUCCAUGAUUUCUGCACCCACUCAGAAGAAAGCAAUGCCAUCUGUUUCAAAGAAUGUCAAGACUUCUGGUAAGUCUUCUGUUUCUGAGCCUACAAUCCCUAGUGAAGAUAAGACUGUUGUUGAAAAGGGUUCUAGGUCUAGAGGUUAUGAGAUGAGAAACUCUACUAAGAACAUCGGAGUCACUGAUAAUCAAACCGAAGCGAAAAGAUUUCCAUUGAUAAGGAAAUUCGGAAAAACUAUCCCUGAUGGUGAUUCUAGUGAAAAGGCUGAUGAAUGUGUCCCUGAGCAAGCUGCUCAUGAAAGAAGGAGUAAGAAGAAGGCUGAUUAUGUUAUCAAUGUUGAUGAACUAACUUUUGAUGAGGAACCUAUUACCAACAUCUUGGCUCAUGGAAUAGCCAAGAUACUUCAAAGAAGAAAAGGAAAGGCUAUGAUGUUUGAAGAUUCUCCUUCUAAUGAGAUAAAAAGGAAAUAUGGUGGUAUGAAAAGCACUCCCUCUAGAAGUUCCAAAGGAAAAUCUCCUGUUGGUCAUGCAAGAUCAUGGAGUAAAGUUGUUAUUCCUCUGAGGAAGAGGGAAGUUGUUUCUUCAAGCCUAGCCAAGGAGUUUGUGGUGACCAUUCCUGAUGGGUGUGAUAAUGCAAAGAGUGAAUACUAUAGGAAGGUGUAUGUUAGAGGAAAUGCCGUGACAUUUUCUCCUGCUGUAAUCAACAAGUUUCUGGGAAGGACUGAAGAACCUCAGGAUGAGCUAGAGGUUACAAAUGACCAAGUAUGCAAGGAGAUAACUGCCAAGCAGGUGAAACACCGGCCAAAUAGAGGAAAGUUGUCAGUUGGGAAGCUGAGUGUCAAGUAUGUAAUCCUUCAUAGGAUUGGGACUGUCAAUUGGGUGCCUACUAAUCAUACUUCAACCAUAUCUAUUGGGCUUGGGGAGUUUAUAUAUGUUAUUGGAACUAGAAGAACUUUUGAUUUUGGGAAGUACAUUUUUGAACAAGUUAUGAAGCAGGCCUUCUCAACUGUUGUGAAGAUGCCUAUCUGCUUUCCCUCACUCAUGUGUGGGAUAAUCCCGAACCAACAUCCUAGAAUCUUAUUGCCUAUUGAUAGUGUGAAGAAAAUGGAAUCUCCUUUAUCCCUCCAUUAUAAAUUGUUUGCUGGAACACAUGUCCCAGAUAUUGUUAUGACAUCUUCUCAGGUACCUGGCCCUGCCACUUCUAAGGAGAGUGUUAUUACUCAGAUGAAGGAGACAUGUAAAGAAUUGGAUGAUUCCACCCAACCUAGCAUUGCUACAAAGAUAGAGCUUGAAAAUUUGAUCAAGGAUUUGAUGGAUGAAGAGGAAAAGGAAGUUGAACAUGUUGGUGAUGACAAUGUUGGAGCUGAUGUAGAGGACUCUGCUGGUGGCAAUGAUGAUGUGAAUGAUGAAGAUAAAGAAGCUGAAGGAGAGUAG